AUGGAAUACCCGGAGGCCGAGCUGGCGGAUGAUCGGGAGGAGGAAGAGCGGGAGACGGAAGGAGAGGCAUUGGCCGUGCUGGCAUUGCCGCUGGUUGCAGAUGUGACCGCAGGCAAGUUCUGUCUGGCAGCGUUCGUGCACGGUGGUGCGCUUGUGGCAUUGCCAACACUUGAUGCUGACGACCUCAGGUGCGGCGGCCACUUGAAGCAAGAGGCACGCUGCGAGGAAAAUGACAAUGAGCCGGCGCAUGGUUGUGUGGUGUGGCGGGGUGAAGGCGGAUCAACGAUUGCGGUCGGGCUCGAUCUGGCGACAGGUGGCGAGUGGUGA